AUGGACCCAAUCGACCAUCUGCUCACCUGGGCCGACGUCAAAGGCAUUGUUCUCAAUGGGAUACGGCCCAGAGUCUUGCCGGGACGAGGUAUAGGUAUUCUUGCGACUCGCGAUCUCAAGGCCAAUGAAACCAUUCUAACAGUACCGUCGAAUGCCUUGCGCACUCUGGACAACACAUCUAAGUCCAUCACUGAGGCUCUCCAAGGGGCUACCGUCCACGCAAUCCUCGCUACGGCACUAUGUCUAGACUUUCACGACACACCGGAUGACUUUGCCAUCUGGAAGGCCGUCUUCCCCUCGCUUCAAGAUAUCAUAACCAGCAUGCCCCUCUGUUGGCCGCAAGAUCUUGUCGCCCUCCUACCCCCAAAGGCUCAGACUCUCCUCUCCAAGCAGAGUGCCAAGUUCGACAAGGACUGGUCUGUCGUCUCAUCCGCCGCAGCAAGCCUGCCCGCCAGCAUGACUCGGCCACAGUUCCUCUACGCCUGGCUCCUCGUUAAUACACGUACCUUUUACCACACCACUCCGGCCACAAAGGCCAAGCUACCCAAAGAAGACCACAUGGUCCUCCAACCGGUCGCAGAUCUCUUCAACCACUCUCCAGACGGCUGCUCCGUCGCCUUUGGCCACAAAGGCUUCCAAAUCACCACAACGCACGCCCACAAGGCCGGCGACGAGUUGUUCAUCCGCUACGGCUCCCACUCAAACGACUUCCUCCUCGUCGAGUACGGCUUCACCAUCCCCUCCCCCGAGAACCCAUUCGACGAGACAGCCUUGGACCCAUACCUCUGCCCGCGCUUCACGCCCGCCCAGAAGGAGCUGCUCGAGGAAGAGGGCUUCUGGACCGGGUACAUGCUCGACUCCCAGACGGCCUGCUACCGCACCCAAACUGCUCUCCGCCUCCUCUGCCUCCCCGAGUGGCAGUGGCGCGCCGUCCUCGACGGCCAGCGCGACGAGGACGAGGACGGAGCCCUCGUCGAUGCCGAGCUGCUAAAGCUACUGCGCAAGUACGAGAAGGAUGCGCGCGCCACCGUGACGGAGAUUGACCAGCUGGACAAGGUGGGCGAGGACGAGUCAAGGCGGCUGCUGAGGGAGCGGUGGAUCGAGAUCCGGCAGCUGAUAGAUACCAAUGCGGCGCGGUUAUCCCAGCAGUGA